UACAGUGAAGUUAUUUAUAGCAACUAAUCAAUAUUCAGUAGUUUGAGCUAGGUGUGAUUUUUUUUCAACUGAGAGGCAUAUCAUACUAUCUAGAAACGUCAAAUUAGAGGCAGGAACAAAGAAGACUGGCGACUCAUAUUUUUGAAAUCUUACUGAGUGUUAAUAUAGGUUCAAAAUUACAGCUAGUGCUUAUUAAAAUUUCAACUUUUUUACUAGCCCGGUGCCACUUUAGGUGGGCAAUUGCCUCCGGCUAGUGCUUAACGUCGCAGACUGUGGGUUUGGCAACGAUGUUUGGCACUUUUCAGCGGUCGCCAAAACGGACCAGUACCCCUGACAGGUAGUCGCCCGGGACGUUUCUAAGUCGCAUUGGCGAGUGGGCGACCGUCUGUUUCGACCCCUGUGCUCUUUAGAUACAAUAAUAAAGCAUUUGACAGUUGACUGUAUUUUUUGACCUUGUAAUUACUUUUUACUUUUUGUAACAGGUCCCAAAAUUUUCUUUAAUGAUAUUUGAAUCAGAUUGAAAGUAUGUGCUAACAUUUAAACUUUACACAAUUAUUCAAAGUGUAACUUAUUUCUAUUGUAUUUUAAGCUUUAAUGUCAUUUUUCCUAGGUAAUACAGCCCUGCAUGAUUGUGCUGAGUCAGGAAGUGUUGAAAUUAUGAAAUUACUCCUCAGUCAUGAUGCUCGAAUGGACAAAGAUGCUUAUGGUAUGACUCCUCUCCUGGCUGCCAGUGUCACUGGGCAAACAAAGGUGGUUGAGUACUUACUUACUAGAUCUGACAUUGCCAGAGAAGAAAAAAUAGAUGCAUUGGAAUUGCUGGGAGCAACUUACGUGGACAAAAAACGUGACAUGCUAGGCGCCCUUCAGUACUGGAGAAUGGCACUGGAUGAGAGACAUCGAGACCACAAAAGCAUAAUACCUAAACCAACAACAGACUCAGUUGUUGCAGCUUAUGAGAAUGCAGUUGAGGUGAAGACAUAUGAGGAGCUGGACGAAUUGAUUUCAGAUCCGGAUGACAUGCGUAUGCAAGCCCUUUUAGUCCGUGAGAGAAUUCUUGGUCCAGCUCAUCCAGACACUUCCUAUUAUAUCCGUUAUCGUGGUGCCGUUUAUGCUGAUAUGGGGAAUUUUGACCGCUGUAUUGUCCUAUGGAUGUAUGCACUAGAUAUGCAACAAAAAAUGCUAGAACCUUUGAGCCCCAUGACUCAGAGCAGUUUCCUUUCCUUUGCUGAACUUUUCUCUUUUUGGAUGUCUGAUGGAAGAGGUCGUCCAGCUCAUCCUGUAGAGUUCAAUGACAUCAUGUCAGUGUUUGAAAAAGGUGUAGCAGAGAUAGAACAUGGAAUGGCUUACUUGGCUAAGCUGACUCCUGAGGAGAAAGCCCGAAUGUUGCCUUCUGAAAAGGAUGGUUCUCACUUUAACCGUACCCUGACAAUAAUGAUGCAUCUGGUGUGCCUUAUGUCACGCAUGAAGAAAAAACUUUCUCCAGAGCAGGAAUUUUCAUUCAAAAAAUCCAUCUACAAGCUGGUACAACUGAAACCUAGAGGUCAGAAGGGCCAGACUCCAUUGCAUCUUGCAUGUUCUAAAGACACAACUACAGUUGGGCGAUACCCUGUCUGCUCUUUUCCCUCUGCAGAAGUGGCCAACCUGCUAAUGGAGGUUGGGGCGUCAUUGGAAGAUGUUGAUGUUGAAGGCAACACAGCACUGCACAUAGCAGCUGCCAACAAACCGUGCAAGCUAGAUGUGAUGCGUGUAUUGCUGAACCAUGGUGCUCACUUAGACAUGUGUAAUGCUUCUGGGCGUACACCUAUGCAGCUCAUGAAGAAUGCCACUAUUGGAGACGUGUGUUCACCACUGGAAUAUAUCUCCUUACAGUGUCUGGCUGCCAAAGUGAUCAGAACUCAAAAGUUGCCAUACAAAGGACAUGUACCAGCAAAAUUAGAGGACUUUGUUGAAAAGCACUGAUGUAUUGACAUAAUGUACUUAACUUAAAUCCUGCUUAUGUAACAUUUUUGCUGCUAAGAUUGACCUGAUAAUACUUAUUUUAUUCCUCUAACUUUUCAGCCAUAAGGUAACUUUUGUUGUAACAAAAUGACUGUUGAUUCUUGAAGUGUGCAUGUUUUUUUUCCAUGCAAUGAUGUGCUCACAUCAUAUCUUAACAGGUUUUAAUUUGUGCUCUCCUGUCUGUCAGCAUACUGUUAACUUUUUACAUGUAGAGAGACACUGAGUUGUAUUUUUCAUAAAGAGAACUUGCGUAUGUUUCUAAUGUGUAAUGCAGAUUUUUCAUUUGUAUGCAGAACAACCUAGAGCAGUCUUGACAUGACAAGGGUAGCCAAUCAUGUCAAUGUACUUGUCCAUACGGUACCCAUGAUGCAUUAGUUGAACAGAAUGCACUUUGUAAAUGUGAAAUCAGAUGCUGAAACAGAGUUAUUUUUCACACUUGCCAAUGUAAAAUCCGUGUAGUUUCACACAUUGCCUAGUUUUGUGCCUUUCCAAAGACUCCUUGAAUGCUGAUUUUUUUUUUUUUUUUGAUUAGUUGCCAUACAGUUAAAGGAAAAGUUACUUUAAAUUGUUUUCUCUUUCAGAUACACUUAUAACAAAAUGAUUACCUUACCUUAUCACGCUUGUCUCUGAAACUUUACAUAUUUUAUAUUUGAAGAAAAGUGUGCAAUAUUGUUCCAUUUUGUGUAGCUUAUAGUAGUUCUAACACAUUCUUGGUUAUCAAGUUUAUAGUGUGAAACGGAAUGUGAACCUUGCAAUUUUGGUAUGUUAACUCUAUUUUGAAGGCUUUGAAUAAGGCUAAACAUUAUAACAAUGAUAGUGGAUGAGACUAAGCAUACUGUGAUUAAUGCAAAUUAUAUCACAAGGUGCAAAUUAUAUUGUACAAGGAGUAAAAUUUAAACUGAAAUACAUUGAUGUUUUC